UCGUGAUCCCCAUUCUUACUUGGUUCGUAGUGGGAAGUGGGAACAAGAGCGUGCCAUGCACCACUCGAGCUCGACUCCCCUCUCCCGUUGACGACGUUCGCCACAUGAUGGUUAAACCAUCGCCGAUGGAAGGUGCGUGCAACGCGCGGCGCCGGACAGCUUCUGUGGCUAGCGACAGCAUAGCAGUGAUGGCGGAGCAGCACGACGGCAAGCCGGCCAACGGCGUGCGCUGGCGGCCGCACUACGGCUGCCCGGCAGCGGGAAGCACCACCAUCCCCCUCGUGUUCCUUCUCUUGCUCACCGGCGCGCUGCUCCUCAUCCUCGGCCCGACCGACUCCAUCCUCACCCUCCCCAGCCUCCGCGUCGUGUUCAGCAACCCCAUCCACAUUGCCACCGCAGCUCCGCCAGCGGUGCCGCCCGCAGCCGCCAACGUGAGCGACGAAGACAUCGGCCUCCCGCCGCCCCGGCAGCUCACGGACCCGCCCUACUCGCUGGGCCGCACCAUCCUGGACUACGACGCGCGCCGGUCCGCGUGGCUCGCCGCGCACCCGGAGUUCCCCGCGCGCGUGCCGCCCGCGGGCCGGCCGCGGGUGCUGGUGGUGACCGGGUCCGCGCCGGCACGGUGCCCCGACCCGGACGGCGACCACCUGCUGCUGCGCGCGUUCAAGAACAAGGCGGACUACUGCCGCGUCCACGGCCUGGAGGUGUACUACAACACGGCGUUCCUGGACGCGGAGAUGACCGGGUUCUGGGCGAAGCUGCCGCUGCUGCGGUCGCUGAUGAUGGCGCACCCGGAGGUGGAGCUCCUGUGGUGGGUGGACUCGGACGCGGUGUUCACGGACAUGCGGUUCGAGCUGCCGUGGGAGCGCUACGCGGCGCACAACCUGGUGCUCCACGGCUGGGAGGCCAAGGUGUACGAGGAGAAGAGCUGGGUGGGCGUCAACACCGGCAGCAUCCUCAUCCGCAACUGCCAGUGGUCGCUCGACCUCCUCCACGCGAUGGCACCCAUGGGGCCCCGCGGCCCCGUGCGCGACAGCUACGGCGAGCUCUUCGCCAGGGAGCUCUCCGGCCGCCCGCCGUUCGAGGCCGACGACCAGUCGGCGCUCAUCUACCUGCUCGUCACGCAGCGGGAGAGGUGGGGGGACAAGGUCUUCUUCGAGAACUCGUACGAGCUCAACGGCUUCUGGGAGCUCAUCGUGGACAGGUACGAGGAGCUGCGGCGGGAGGGCGCCUGGCCGCUCGUGACGCACUUCGUCGGGUGCAAGCCGUGCCGGCGGUACGCCGACAGCUAUCCGGCGGACCGCUGCCGCCUCGGGAUGGAGCGCGCCUUCAACUUCGCCGACGACCAGAUACUGAGGCUGUACGGGUUCGGCCACGAGUCGCUCAACGGCACCGCCGUGCAGCGCGUCAGGAAUGAGACCGGCGGGCCGCUGGACGCGGAAGACGAGGAGCUCGGUCGGCUGUUGCACCCCACGUUCAGGGCAACUUAGACGACGACUUAGCCUGGAAUCGACUCUUGUUUUGUCGUGGCUGGCUUCUUCUUUUCCCAUGUUGUUUUCAGUCUGAUGUUUAGUUUAUAAUAGAGAACUCAAUAGUACUAGGACUCGAGUCGAGUCCAGGGAUUUUGCCUUCUCUUUAUCGAUGAUUUACCCGGUCUACUAUACAAACCCAGUGAUCUGGUAGGGCAUUUCCUUUACCAUAAUUUACACGUUAGCAUUUGCUUUCUCUAACAAGGCUCU